CCCGCCAAGCUCCAGCGUCAGGCGAUGCGAUGCGUGACCCCAACUUCCCAAGACCGAGGCAACGCUACUACCUUUGAGCCAAGCUGAGCUUAGCAGGACUGAUCUUAUUUUCGUUUUCUCUUUCCAGGUGGACUGAUUAUCAGAUUUCGGCGGCAUAAAAGACCCAAAAAAAGUCGAGGACGCUGGCUCGACUUUGUUCUGACGCACCAGUAUUGAAACCCCAGACACCACGAGCAUCCAGUCAUAGACAUCCACGUCAGGGCGUUGAUUCAUACCAAUCCUCAACCUGCUAGGCCGCAACCAGUUUCACUGCCCCGCCCGUCCAAAGAACAGAACAAAACCGAAAACGUUGUCGAGUAGAUGCGAAUGAAACCAGCGAGUAAAAGAAUAAAAAGCAGCAUUCAGGGCCAUUAAUCUCAGACUACAAAAAGGGACAAGAGGUCUUUCCGAGAACCGCAUCGACUCUCCAGGCACCGAGGGUUAGCAAAUACGAGCGCGAGAUCAUGUGCAUCGUCCUCCUUACCACCGCACAUCCCGACUACGCUCUCAUUGUCAUCGACAAUCGAGACGAGUUCAUCCUGCGCCCGACAUCUCGCCCGCACUGGUGGUCACACCCGUCCGGCGCCUCCGUCCUCUCCGCCCGCGACCUCCAAAGAGCGGAGAAGGGGACGUGGCUCGGCAUUACCAAGACAGGACAACUAGCCGUGCUCACCAACUACCGCGAAACCAACACGCAGGAUGCGACCCAUCCAAUCCACGCCGCUCGCAGUCGCGGCGGCAUGGUCACGGCUUGGCUGGGAUCCGACCCUACCGAGCCCGCGUCGGAAUCGGCGAACCACCUCGUCAAGGAUGGGGGCGUCAAGGGCGUCGGCGGCUUCUCCAUGGUAGCCGGUAAGUUGAAGAGAAAGCGCGGCGGUGGCGACGACGAAAAGCCCCAACGCGCGCUCGAAGGCAUUGCCAUUAUUUCGAACCGCUGUGACGACCUUGAGGACGUGCCGUGGAUCGCCGAGAAGCGUGGCGAGGUAUAUGGCCUUAGCAACACUGGCUACGACGACCCCAAACCGUGGCCCAAGGUCGAACACGGAAAGCGGCUCGUCAAGGAGGCCAUCCAGGAGGCCGUAGCUGGGGACCUGGACGAGAACGCACUCGCCGAGCGCCUUUUCGAGGUGCUCGACACCGACUCGUUGCCCAAGCACCCCGACAUGAGCCUGGCGGACUACAUCAAGGAGUUGAAGCAGUCCAUCUUUGUUCCCGCGUUGGGUGAUGACGCCCAUCGCAAGGCCAUGGAGGAGGCCGUUUCGAGGGGGCCGGGCCAUUGGGCAACCGACGACCAGAUGGCCGCCGAGGGUCUGCAGUUGGGCGAGCGACCGGAUCCGCCGGCGCAGGCCAGCAUGGGCUUCGAGGUGGGCUUGUACGGCACGCAGCGUCAGACCGUCAUCAUGGUCGAUUGGGACGGGAAUGUCACGUAUCGCGAACGAGCGCUGUGGGACGGCAACGGAAACCCGAUCGAGAGGGGCCAGGGCGAUGAGGUGUUCAAGUUCAAGAUCGAGGGGUGGGAGAGCUGAGGGAACCACGUUGCAUUCAGAGGCGGUACUGCAUCAGUCCAUUAUUUUACCGGAGCAUCGGUUAUUGUAUCAUGGCUUGGAAUAUGUAGAUGAUGGUAAUGAGUUAAGAGGUUCGUUUAGAUGAAGCUUUGCCUUUUUAUGUCCACAGAAAGGGCACUUGUCCUAUGGUUAGAACGAAAGAAAGUGGCAUGCAGA